GCAUUAUGCAAUGAACUCAAAAUCAUCUUGAACAUGUCUCAGCGAUUACAAAGCCUCGAUGGAGUGAUGUCUAGCAUGCAGCCUGGUGAAGCCAAGCAAGACGAACGGUGCGAUUCUGGACAUACCAAACCGUCCAAGUCAAACCGUAUCAAUAUAACCCUUCCACCUCCGCAACGUAAUGCUCAGAUGUACGGUUACUACAUAUCUCAGGAGUGGCUUUAUGAGACUGCUCGUUCCUUCCUCGCCAAGCUACAUCCCGACCUUUCCGAAACCAACGCCAGGACCAACGCCAGAGCGAACCCCAGUUACAGCUUCAACAAGAACUUCCACGUUCAAUCGUUGUCAACGGCAUAUGCAACACUGCCUCCUGGACAGAUAGUUCCAGCGGAAUACAUAGUUGAUGGUGUCGUUCUCGUGCUGUACAUCUUCAACGACCAGCCAGGCAGUUAUGAUCGGCGCCCUACUCAGAAACAGGUUGAUGAACUCACUAGGUUCGUGGGCAGAGAGCCACAGUGGUGGGUAGACGUUUUGCCAGCAAGGUUCUGCAGAUGAACUAUUGGAUUCGCGGAGGAACCAUGCCGAGGCUGGACUAGGGGUCAAGCACGAUGUAGAAGGUAUCGUCUAAGCAUGCAAUGUAUAUCAUCAUUGAAAACCAACCAACGUGAUAUGACCAUAUUUGCCUUAU